AUGAUUGCUUUGAUUUCACUAUUCAUUGCAUCCUUUUUGGCUCCAGAGGUUUCAGCAGUCAUUGGAACUGACUUCAACUGUACCUCUUAUAAUGGAACAUCAUUCGUCUACACCCCAGCCGCCGUUGCCUGCUCCAACGUCAUCUCUGAUUCAUCUUGCGCAGUUAUCUAUGCAGCCGCCAACACCCUCUACCCAGCUGCUGGAAAUGAUGCUCAAAGAUCUUAUGCCUGCUAUACUACUGCAACUGCCACCCCAGCUGCUCUAGUGACAGACAUGAAAGCUGCUGCUAUUGCUAACUGUCCAAAGACCUGUGGAUACUGCUGUCAGACUGACGCCUACAACUGCAGGAACGCUGACUUUCCACGACUCAACUGCGCCACAGUCACUCUUUCCCAAUGUAACUCCCCUGCCUGGAGAACUAUCAUCGCUCAAGACUGUCCAGCUUCCUGCGGAUUCUGUCUUACUGGAGGAUGUGUUGACGCUGUCACCAACUGUGGAAAUGACUUGAGCAUCUGUAGAACCGUGGGAAUGGAAUCAUUCGUCAACACUUACUGCCAAAAGACUUGCAACAGAUGUCCAUCAAGCACCACUUCCGCUUCCUCUGGAACUGUGACAACAACUGUUACCAGCACCUGCACAUCUUACAUUGCUGAUAGCUCGACCAACUGCGCUGCCUGGUCCAGAAACGGAUUCUGCACCAACACCUUCUACACCCUCGCUCAACGAAGAGCCAGAUGUGCUACUACUUGCAGACUCUGCUAA